AUGGGUCUUACUACGGCUGGUAUGUUUUACACAUCCUUAUUCAAAUUGUUUCAUCUUACUGCGUAUGAACAGAAAAAUUUCCGACAUAUACUUUUUCAAUUCUUUUUGGCUUUUUUUCAUUAAAAUUAGUAAAACCUUUAUUUUAAAAAUUUUUUAUUUUGGUUAUGUAAUCAUAAAAAAUUUAUUUUAGAAAUAGACAAACUAAUUGAAGAAAUAGAAAAGCGCCAAGAAGAAGCUUUAAAGAAUAAAAACCCAGAAGAAUUUGCAAAAACCUACUCGGAGAAUGCUGUAUUGAUCAUAUUAGAUACUCGUGUUUACAAAGGAAGAGAAGGUAACACGAUUACUUUAUAACUUCUUUAAAAAAUAUUAAAUAGCUAAGUUAAUCGCUAAACACUAUAGGUUUCGUUAUUGAGAAUCCUAUAUAACAAACUCCUCUAUAACAAACAAAGUUACAAUUCCUUUCAGCUUUGUUAUACAGUAGUUAUACUGUAUUAUGUUUAGAGUCAAUUAAAACCCCUUAAAAUAAAACAUAUUGUGAACAUUUUCAGAAAUUGCCAAAGCAUCAGAACCCUUCCUUGAUUAUGAAUUUACGUUUGAAAAACAACCUGCUUAUGAUGUGAAUAAUGGCGAGUACAUUAUGAGAAAAGGUCGCUACCAACUGGCAGGUAAUCCCAACUGGUUCAGGUAUAUGCAGCUACAUGAAAGACAGCCAGAUGGCUCUUAUCUUACAAUUCAUGACGAGUUUGAAUUUAAGAAGUAG